UUACGUCCGCGCUCCUUCCCUGCAUCGGACGUCAAAGUCUGUGGUUUCACUCCUUGCCAAAAAUACGCGGUCAAAUCGGGCAAAGAGUUUUAUUUUAAUUUUACAAGUUUUGUUUAGAAGUUGUGAUUUUGGUGAACAUUUAACACGUGUAGAAACGAAAUGGAUUAUAUUUUGUGGCUAGUCGCUUAAAAUUUAAAAUCAAAAUUACUUUUAGUUUAUCUAAUACUUAUAUUUACUUAUUUUAGUCUCAUAGAAGUGGAAAUAUAUGGUGAUAUUUACAGUGAUUUUGAAUUACGGAUGAAACUAGACAAUUAAAUGAUAUUCCAGUAGAGUGAACAGGGGAUCUGAGUUUGGUGCGUUCGUCGAAUUGUGAAGGGAAUGCUGAAAAGAGUGUCCCUUUAAAUGGAAGCUGUAGAAGCACCCUUCUCUGAAGUGUGACUGGUGAUACCGUGCAUGAUCGAUUGAUUGAAUUUUCUGUGAGUUCGUGUCUUCAUUGGAAGGUGAAUCGGUGCGAGGAACGAAAACUGAUGAAAGGAGAAAAUUGGAUGGACACUGUUCCCUUCAGGAAAAGGAGCUAGAGUGAAGAGAGCACUUCAGAAUGUGGUUUCAAGAACGCACCGUUGAUACUGUGUGAGCGUUUACCUCGCGAAGUGUUUAAUACGCCUCAUUAUGGUGAAGGCUGCGUGUAAAUUUACGCCUGACUGGUUGAUUAUUGUUCAACUGUUAACAGCUGUGACUUUGACGCUUCUGGCAUUCGACGCCGACAUCGUUACAUGCGAGUCGAUUAUACCACACGAAUUUAGCGGAGUUGAUAAACAUCACCCUAAUCACAAUUCUGAAUCACAAGUGUCUGUUUUAGUUGCCGCAACUCAAAGAGAUGAAACAGGAGACAAUUUAUCAAGUUCUCCACACACACUGCAUGCCGAGAGUGGCAGUUCAUUUGUCUCACAGAACCAACAGCUUUUGCCAAAUGUUGGCUGGGUAACCGCAGCUAGUAGGCAGAAGAAUGUUCCCACAGAGGAAUAUUCCGAUUUCAGAACAAGUAGACCGUACUUCUUCCACAUGAAAGCAAAAAUAUCUCACACGGUUACUCACGAGUUAAAGAAAUCCACUACAUCAGAGCAGAAAUCCAUUAAAGAAGAUAUACCACUGGCUGAAACAACUUUUUUAGCCGAGAGAAUAAGAGAUUCUAGUGAAAGACAUUCAAAAUUCGAAUCAGGUUCUCAGAAGCUGUCGGAGAAAGCGCUAACGCUGCCACCAGUUGAUCGAGAACUAAUUGAAGUGAACAGUUCCUUCCAAAACGAGAAACGACCAUUCGACGAUUCGGUGAAUAACUCGUUUUCAAACAAGUCCAUUGCUAACGCACAGGAAGUGUAUGAUUCAAGGUAUACUUCAGAAUUGUACGAAGAAAACUUCAAUGCAAUUCAUGAAACCCUCCUUUCUUCCGACAAAUUAAUUAGAAAUUUCACAUGCAAUAUGAGUUCUUUUGUAGAAGACAGCAGCCAUGAUAUAGAGGUAAAUAAAUCAGGGAAAACAACUUCAGACUUAAGAGACUUAUUAAAACCAUCACAAAAUGAACCCAUUAAAGUAAUUAACAUUACUCCCAACACGUACAAUAGAUGGAGUUCUCAGGAAGAACACAGUUCAGAUUUAAAUGUUAGCAGUGAAAUGAAUAAUGAGAGCAUUACGACUGCCAACACGAAUGGCGUCGACAUUAAUGUUCCCAUCCAGGGAAGUGUUAGAAGUCUGGCCUUAUCUCAUACAGAAGCUGACAGGAAACUGUUCCGAGUAUCAGACUUAAUCAAUUCAAACGUUAGAGAAGGAGAAAUAUCCAACAGUUUGUUAGAAAUUGAAAACUUACUGCAUCUUGACAGAAAUAGCAACGGCUCAUCCACUAGAGAGAUUUUCAGUGCAGCGCAAACAACGGCCUUGACAAAAUUGAGCCGCGCUGCACUUUCUUCAGAGCCUCAGAAGGCAGAAUCAAGAACACAUAAAGUAGAAGCUACAGAGGACAGGCUUGAUUCAGCAAAUGGAAUUGAAGAAUCCCUCAACUAUGAAGUGAUAGUUAGUGAAGUGAAUGGAUCAUGGGUGGAUACGGGUGGGGGGAAUAUUUCUGAGAAAACAAGAAGGGAUUGUUUUAAAGUGGAAGGAGAAACCGACUUUGUUUCUAAUACUGACACUGUUACGAGUGUCAGUUCAACAUCCUCUGAGCACGACUCCAGACAAAGUGAAAUUUGGACGUUAGGGUCUUCAGGAAAUGUAAGAGUGAAUUCUAAUGGAGCGGCCACCGUUAAUGAUGGAUAUGAUGCUCCAACUGGACAGGAUAUUGGAGGUAGCGAUAUGUUAGUACAGAAACAGAAUGGUGAUAUGUCCUCAGAGAUACGUCUGAGUAAAGAUAAUUUGAGAUCACAUAAAACCAGACACAUUUCUCUGUUGAAACUUUUCAAAAUAAUUGCAAAUGAAUCAGUGUUGAGAAGUGGUCAGAAUAAUUCAAUUUUUGUAAAACAUAAACUCAAAGAUCUAAACACAAAGCCCAUAAAUGUUCCUUAUGAAAUUUAUUUUACCAAUGAUAGUACAAAGGAUGCAGAAAAUUUGUCUUUCGAUUCUAAUGUCUUGCAGGCGCAAAUUGUAAAACCGGUUGUAUAUUUUGGUAACGUGCUACAUCGUCCAGGAAAUAACAAAACGAGUUACGUUCAAAGCGACGUUUCUGAAGACGCUAAUGAGGCAAAUAUUACUCAUUCAGAAGACACAAAAUUACACCAGAACGCGAGUUUCGAAUUAACAGAAGACAUUAUCAGAGAAAUGCCUACGUUAACUUCUGAACAACUUCAAAACGAUGGCAAUUCUACGGACUACAGCAAUAUCAAAUACUUGAACAACCCUUCGGAGGAUGUAACAUUUAAUGCGAAUCUCUUAAUGAACUUUAUUGCCUCAACGAAUAAUGGUCUGAGUUAUACGGGGAACUACGACAAGAAUUACAACACCAGCACAUCCGGAAAUGUUGAAAUUGCGUCAACAGUUACUGAACAUUUUAAUUCCAGUGAAGUGAAUCAUGAAUUUUUCCCCAUUCACCCGACGACUGAAGCUACGUCACAGUAUAAUGUUGAAGUAAAUACUUUUAAUUAUUACGACUUCACGGUUUCGACGCCCGAGCCUUAUGAUAAAGACGUGGAGAGAUGGGACGCGUCUACGCAUGAUUUAUCGGCCUUUGAGUCUCUUCCAAAUUACUCAGUAAGCGACGUUACGGAGGCGUCGGUCUCGGGCGUCUCUCCAAUAUUUUCGCGUAACGACAGUGCGUCGGAUGGUGUACCAGGAUGGCCGGUAAAGUUAUCUGCCGAAGUGUCGGGUGACUUAAUCCUCGGAGGCCUCAUGAUGGUCCACGAAAGACAGGACAACAUAACCUGCGGUCCCAUCAUGCCCCAGGGGGGCAUUCAGGCCCUGGAGACGAUGCUGUACACUCUGGACGUUCUCAACAAGGAUCAGAUGAUCCCUAAUGUCACCAUCGGCGCUCAUAUCCUGGACGACUGCGAUAAGGACACGUAUGGACUGGAGAUGGCCGUCGACUUCAUCAAAGGUUCGAUCAGCAACAUUGACGGUGCCGAAUACCACUGUAACAAGACCCAAGUACGCAAAGUUAUCUCCGGCGUCGUGGGCGCCGCAUCCAGCGUCACGUCAAUCCAAGUUGCGAACCUCUUGCGUCUCUUUAAGAUACCACAGGUGUCUUUCUUCUCAACGAGCCCUGAACUGAGCAACAAACAGAGGUUCGAGUUUUUCUCGCGGACCAUUCCUUCUGAUCAUUACCAAGUGAAGGCUAUGGUUGAUAUUGUUAGGAGAAUGGGAUGGAGUUACGUGUCCAUUAUUUACGAAGAAUCUAACUAUGGACUCAAGGCAUUCGAGGAGCUGGAAACUCUCCUGGCGAAGCACGACAUCUGCAUUGCUGUCAAGGAGAAAUUGGUGAAGGACUCGGGAGUGGCUGACGAGACUGCGUACGACAUCAUAGUGCAGAGAUUGCUCACAAAACCACGUGCCAGGGGAGCCAUUAUUUUCGGGUCUGACCAAGAGGUGGCAGGCGUGAUGCGUGCCGUCCGCAGGAAUAACGCUACUGGCAGCUUCUCGUGGAUUGGAUCCGACGGCUGGAGUGCGCGCAAUCUCGUGUCCGACGGAAACGAGCCGGAAGUGGAGGGUACACUGUCCGUUCAGCCGCAGGCCAAUCCUGUCCGAGGAUUCGAGGAAUACUUCCUGAAUCUGACUGUAGAGAGCAACCGCCGUAAUCCCUGGUUCGUCGAGUUCUGGGAGGGCCAUUUUCACUGUCGAUACCCCAACAGCUCCCUCACGCCAUACAACAAGGAUUACAAGAAGGAAUGUGACAUAACAGAGCGGCUCCACCGGGAUAACACCGCCUUUGAGGGUCAACUCCAGUUCGUUAGUGAUGCAGUGAUGGCAUUCGCCCAUGCUUUCAGAGACAUGCACCAUGAGUUGUGUAAAGGACGCGCAGGACUGUGCGAUGCAAUGAAGCCCAUCAAGGGUACCGAACUGCUGAAGUAUUUGCGCAAAGUGACUUUUAAGGGUUUGAGUGGAGACAAUUUCCGUUUUGACCCAAAUGGCGAUGGCCCAGCCCGCUAUAAUAUCAUUCACUUCAAACAAACAAGUCCUGGAAAGUUCCAGUGGAUCAAGGUCGGAGAGUACAUGGAGGGCGAGCUGCGUCUUAACAUGUCCGAAAUCCAGUUCAAACUGGGUCACCCACAGCCACCUGAAUCAGUGUGCAGUCUGCCAUGUGAUGUGGGACAAGCCAAGAAGUUUGUGGAGGGGGAAAGUUGCUGCUGGCACUGUUUCAACUGCACACAAUAUCAGAUCCAGCACCCAGUUGAUGAAACACAGUGUCUAACUUGCCGUGAGGGAACGGUACCAGAUGCAUCACGUGUUACAUGCCGUGAAAUCCCUGAGGUGUUCCUGAGACCAGAGAGUGGCCCUGCUAUCGGUGCCAUGUCUCUGUCGUCUACUGGAAUCCUAAUCACGUUGUUUGUUUGUGGUGUGUUUGUACGUCACAAUGACACACCUGUAGUGCGUGCAUCAGGCCGGGAGCUCAGCUAUGUUCUGCUCACUGGCAUACUUCUCUGUUACUGUGUCACUUUUGCUUUGGUUCUGCGUCCUACUGAUGUGGUCUGUGGCAUUCAAAGGUUUGGAGCAGGUUUCUGUUUCACUGUUGUAUAUGCUGCAUUGUUGACUAAAACAAAUCGCAUAGCCAGAAUCUUCAAUGCAGGCAAGAGGACAGCUAAGAGGCCUAGUUUCAUAUCACCUCGAUCACAGCUGUUCAUUUGCAGCGGACUUGUGGGUGUUCAGGUCCUUAUAAAUGGGGUGUGGAUCCUAGUGUCUCCACCCAGGGCUGUGCAUCAUUACCCCACAAGAGAAGAUAACCAUCUGGUCUGCUCAUCUCAUAUUGAUGCAUCAUAUAUGAUAGCAUUUGGCUAUCCCAUUCUACUCAUCAUUGUGUGUACCAUAUAUGCUGUUCUCACACGCAAGAUCCCAGAGGCAUUCAAUGAAUCCAAACACAUAGGGUUUACAAUGUACACUACAUGUGUGAUUUGGUUGGCUUUUGUGCCACUCUACUUUGGAACAGGAAACCAUGUGCCACUGAGGAUCACCAGUAUGUCAGUGACAAUUAGCUUGUCAGCAAGUGUAACACUUGCAUGUCUCUUCUCACCGAAACUGUACAUCAUACUUGUUCACCCAGAACGUAACGUGCGUCAGAGUAUGAUGCCAGUACGAUACAAUGCCACCAAGAGCCCUGCUGUAACUGGAACAACACAGACAGGAAGCAUGAUGGCUGCAGUAAUCUGCAACCAGCAGAAGCAGCCUUUCCAUUCUACAGGUCCUCAGCAGAGUGGCUCCUCCCAGGGACUUGAUUCAGGCCUCCAGAGUGACGGUGUUGACUUGGAACUGCGAGAAGAUGUGGUACACCAGCUGCAGCGACGGCACCAACCACGUUUACUAGUGAACCGAAGUACACAAACAAUGACAGUAGGAGUGAGCAACAAUAGCAGUAAUGCCAACUGUCCCAACAGUCAGCCACAACAACCACAGCAGCAGCAGCAAUCAAUAGCUAAACUUACAACAACUUGUCACAUAAUCAACAGUAGUAGUAAUGGACCCAUCUCCAUUUCGGCAACACAACAAAAGCAGCAAAUAAAAGAUGUGCAGUUAUAGCAGGAGACACAUGUUGGCAGAAAAGCAACAGUCAAACAGUCAGGGUUGAGUUCGCGAAAACAGAAACGGUCCCCUGUUGUUGUGUGAUUAUCUUGGUUCACUUAUUUAUAAAACUUUUGGUACUGGGACAUCAUGGUUGUGAGAGGAAUAUCUGCUUCAACCAGAAACCUGUCAUAUGUAAAACAACGUAGUUAGAUUCACGCACAAAUAACCUGAUGCCCUAUUUGCAGGAGGCAUCUGAGAUAUUUUAUAAGGAUACUUGAUAUAAUAAAAUCGUAGGCAGAUAUCUGUUUUAUUUGGUAAUUGAUUAUUCAUGUUAAUAUGGCAGACAGAGAACAUAACAAGCCUUCCAAAUACAUUAUUUAGGUUAUAGAACAUGGAUUUUUUUAAACAUGUGUAUUAUUAUAUACAUAACAUAUCCAUAUUGUUCAAAAUUUAAAAUAGAUGUUCAUUAGUUGCAAAAAUAAUCUAAUCUAAUUGUUACCAACUUAAAAUUUACUCAUAUGUAUUUGUCAAUGUACAGAUGACGUUGUAGUCUAAGCACUUUCAAAUUAAAUUAAUCAAUGUUUCAUUACAAACUAAAACGAACUUGGACGGACAACGAGACUCUAUCAAUUAAUGCAAUUUCUUGUGCUACUUGUAAUAAUAGAUUGCAGCACAAACUGAGCCCUUGUGCUGCUCUCUGCAGUGUGGCAAAAGAAACUGCAUUGUAUUUUCGUUGCAGAAAGUAAGAAUAAAUAUAUAUAUAUAUAUAUUUAUUCAUGAAUAAAAUAAUUGCCAUAUUAUUUACACUGUACAUGAGAGGGCCUUUCUCCACACUGUUUCUGCUAUGCAGUGCAUGUAGAUGAUACAAUCUACAAAAAUACAUGUACUUCCAGUCAUGGUCAUCCAAUUUGUAUCACUGUGGUUACAUUUAGUCAUUGUAAUUGAAAUCAUUACUGGAAUGUUGUGCUAUGUAUAUAAGUUCUCAUGUCUUAUGUACAUAAUUGAAAAUCUCUGCUUCUUUCUCUUGUUUUAUCAAAAUUGUUUGUGAAUGUUUCAUAGUUGGGUCACUGAAUCAUAAAAGUCAAAAUUGAUUUGCAUAAAAAAUGUAUGUUCCAAGCGGGGAUUUUCAAAUUAUAAAUUUGUAUGUAAUGAAAGCUAUACUGUGAAGUUUACAGUAACAAUAAAACAUAUAUAAUACCAAUAAUAUUAUAUUUUGUUAUGAAUUUCAGCAUGGAUUUUUAUUGUUUCUUUGAAACCAAUAUUGUAAUUCUUUGCACAGUUGUGUACAAUUAAUCCUUCCCAUGUCAUAUUCAACACAUUCUGCACUUGAGCUUUUCCCUUAUGCCUUUCUUCCAGCAUAUUCAGUGAGUGGCUUUCUACCUCUCCAUGUCACAUAUGAUAUAUUCUGCAAUGUGCCCUUCAUUUACAUUUCUCUUGCUUUAAUUUUUGUGAUUGGUUCUGGUUGGCAGGAAGUCGCUUUUUACUAUCCUGAUAUGACUGAAAAAGAAAAUAUAUUAUAGAGUGUGGUAUGUCUAUGAGGUUCCCACAAGAGUUUUAAAUUUAGGUUGAAAAAAUGAACAGGUAUUUUGUUAAACUGCUGCCAUAGGGUUAAUGAAUGAUUUGAAAAUCAUGUGUGUAUUUCACACACAAAACUGAUUCAGUUUCAA